UCCAGGUUGUCACAUGAUCACAAUAGCUAGAAAGGCGAGCGGAUAGAUGUAGAGGACCCGCAAUCAAUCUUUACUGGUAUGUAUAUAUGUUAGAUAUAGUGAUUUUUUUUUAAAGAAUGCGCGGCUUGUAGGAGGUAAUAAAGCGUUUAUCUGAGGAGAAAAGAAAGACAGAAAGGUAGAAAGAGAAGUGAAAAUGAAAACAGAGAUAGAUAAUACAACGGUGCAGAGUGAAGGAGGAUAUCGGGCAGAAGAAGACGGAGAUGAGACAACGACACUUCUGGGACAGGAUGGUCAGGUCUCCUCAGGUUCGUCCUCUUUUAUGUUCUCUGUAUUUAAUCUGAUGAACGCCAUCAUGGGAAGUGGGAUCCUGGGGUUAGCGUACGCUAUGGCCAGCACAGGCAUCGUGACCUUCAGUAUUUUGUUGUUGCUGGUCUCCAGUUUGGCCGCCUACUCCGUCCACCUCCUACUCACCCUGUGUGACCAGACAGGCUUGAGCUCGUAUGAAGGACUGGGAGAAAGAGCCUUCAGCAAAGCCGGAAAGGUUCUGGUGGCAUGUACCAUCCUCAUCCAGAACAUAGGGGCCAUGGCUACCUACAUGUUCAUCCUAAAGAUGGAACUUCCUCCCACCAUCAGCAGCUUCAUCAAAGCAGAGCAUUCUGGUGUAUGGUAUGAGAAUGGUGUGGAUUUAUUGAUCCUGGCCACAGUGUGUGUGGUGCUUCCUCUUGCUCUGCUGCCCAAAAUCGGUUUCCUGGGUUACAGCAGCAGCCUGUCGUUCUUCUUCAUGCUGUUUUUUGCUGUUGUGGUGGUGGUGAAGAAAUGGUCAGUUCCAUGUCCACUGCCUGUCAACUCUACUCUCACUCUGCAGAUCUCUAACUCAUCUGUCUCAGACUGCAACGCUCGUCUCUUUAUCUUUUCCAGUAAGAGCGCCUAUGCCAUCCCCACUAUGGCUUUCUCCUUCUUGUGUCACACUGCAGUCCUGCCCAUUUACUGUGAGCUCCAGCGACCCACUAAGCAGAGGAUGCAGAAAGUGGCCAAUGUGAGCAUAUCUCUCAGCUUUCUGGUCUACCUGGUCUCUGCCCUCUUUGGCUAUCUGACCUUCUAUGGUCAGGUAGACUCUGAGUUGUUGCGAGGAUAUGAUGUUUACCUGCCACAUGAUGUGUUGGUGAUGUCGGUGCGCCUCGCGAUCCUAUUGGCUGUGCUGCUCACUGUGCCUCUCAUCCACUUCCCUGCCCGUAAAGCCAUGUUAACAUUAUUUAGAGGAGAGAGACCCUUCUCCUGGUUGUCUCACUGCGUCUCCACAUUUGUUCUCAUUAUCAUUAUUGAGCUACUGGCCAUCUACGUCCCGGACAUCAGGAAUGUCUUCGGAGUAGUUGGUUCCACCACCUCUACCUGUUUGCUGUUCGUGUAUCCUGCUCUGUUUUAUUUGCGUGUCAAUAAUGACCGCACCAGAAAUUCCAAAUUUAUUGGGGCUGUCGCACUUAUGGUGUUUGGUGUGUUUGUGGGUUUGCUGAGUCUCAGUGUCAUAAUCAUUUCUUGGGCACAGGCAUCCUGACUUUGACAAUAUUACCUCUGACCUCUACUUCCACUCCUGCAAACGUUUGCACAGUUGCAUGAACACUGAACAACUUCUAAUAAGUAAUAAGGAGAUGUCAUGAGCGGAACACGUAGUUUAUACCUAAUUACACAGGGGGACCGUAUUUACUGUGACAUGGUGCAAGCUUUACACAUUUACACACAGUGACCGACAUUUCCUCAACAUGGUUUACAUUUUGAGACGGGGGACAUCCUUAUGACCAACGAUAAUCAGACAUGAUCAGAGUCUGAUAUGGAUUUAUUUUCUUAAUGUUUAUAGUAAACCAAUGUAUAGUUUUUCUAUUGUGUGAUUUCAGGUUGCUGAGUAAUAAAAGGGAAAUGCGGGUUUUUGUA